CCAUCUUCUCGCAAUUUUGGGCAAAUCCUGGACAUCCUGGUGUCGCGGGGGCUGCGCAUGCGGGGCCAGGCCUUCGUCAUCUUCAAGGAGCUGAGCAGCGCCACCAGCGCCCUGCGCUCCAUGCAGGGCUUCCCCUUCUACGACAAGCCCAUGCGCAUCCAGUACGCCAAGAGCGACUCGGACAUCGUGGCCAAGAUGAAGGGCACCUUCGUGGAGAGGGACAGGAAGAGGGACAAGAAGAAGCCCAAGGGCCAGGAGGCGGCCAAGAAGGGCAGCGGGGGGGGCGGCCGCCGGCAUGGCCGCGCUGCCCCAGGCGCCGCGGCUGCUGCAGCACGUGGGGGGGGCAGCCCCCGUACCUGCCCCCCCCGGGCAUGCUGCCCCCCCCCGGGGAUGCCGCCUGGGCUGCCCCCCCAGCAGGUGCUGCCGCCGGCGCAGACGCUCUCAGAAAACCCCCCAAACCACAUCCUGUUCCUGACCAACCUGCCUGAGGAGACCAACGAGCUGAUGCUCUCCAUGCUCUUCAACCAGUUCCCGGGGUUCAAGGAGGUGCGGUUGGUGCCCGGGCGCCACGACAUCGCGUUCGUGGAGUUUGACGGCGAGGUGCAGGCGGGGGCAGCGCGGGACGCGCUGCAGGGCUUCAAAAUCACCCAGAGCAACGCCAUGAAGAUCUCCUUCGCCAAGAAGUGACCCCCCCCCCGCGAAAACCCCACGGGAGGGUCGCCCACAGCCCCCCCCGCCCAGAAACCCGCCUUGGUUUGCCCCUAGAUACACCCCCCCCCGCCCAAAGACCCGCCUUGGUUUGCCCCUAGAUGCGCCCCUCCUCGUUGCUGCCCUAAACCCCCCCCCCCCCCGAACCUGAGGAAUUCUCCUUGUCGCCCCCCCCUGAAAAUUUCUUUUUGCCCCCCCCGGGAAGAACCCAAAUUGGGGUCAUUCAGGGCCAAACAACACAAACACCCCCUUGUUUUGGCACUGGAUUCCCCCAAAAGAUCCUUGUUGCUGCUCCCCCAGCCCUAAAACUCCCCCCUCCACAAACCCUUGUUGACCCCUGGAGUCCGUCUCCCCCCCACCCCCAAAAAAAAGAACCCCCAAAUUUGGGGUAAUUCAGAGCCCCCCCAACCCCAAAACGUCCCUUUGUGUCCACCCCAGACCCCCCCAAAAAUGCCCUCACCCCCAAAGAAACCCACCCAGACUGCCCCCCCCCCCCCUAAAGAUACCCCAACUGCACCCCCCCCCCCCCCAAGGUAAGUGGCCCCGGGGGGGGCCAACCCUUUCCCCCCCUGCAUUGUACCCAGAGUCUCUCUGCAGACAUUGCACCUGGAGCAUCCCCCCCCCCCCAAAUAAACCGUCCUGUGUCCCACCGAUGGGGUGGUCAAUGGGGGGGGGCACAAAUUUGGGGGCUGGGGGGGGGCUGGGUUUGGUGUCUGAGGGGUUUGGGGGGGUGCUGCACCCCUUGUCAGGCGGGACAGCCCCCCGCCCCCAUAUUCUGUGCCUUAAUUUUGCCCCCCCCCCACCACACUCUCCCACACUGCAAUUUUGCCCCCCCCCCCAAAUACAACCCCGUUUUUCCA